AUGGCAUACUUUUCCACUCAUAAUGUGUAUGAUGUGGCAGUGGUCCGGAGGUAUUCCUCCAUAAAUUAUCCUUCCAGGAUGUCAUACGAUUUACAUGCAGCAGAAAUACCAGCGUAUACGCCUUUCUUUGGAUAUAUGGGAGCUGCGUGUGCACAGGUUUUCACCGUUCUGGGUGCUGCAUAUGGAACAGCGAAGUCGGCCGUCGGCAUUUGUUCAAUGGGAGUAAUGCGUCCCGAACUGAUAAUGAAAUCUGUAAUUCCAGUCAUUAUGGCUGGUAUCAUCGGAAUUUAUGGCCUCGUUGUUGCAAUUGGUAUUGAAAGGAAAGUUGGUGCGGCCAGCUCGGGAUAUACUCUUGGUCACGCAUUUGCACAUUUCGCUUCUGGCCUCACUUGUGGUUUGUGUGGUUUGGGAGCAGGAUACGCUAUUGGGAUUGUUGGAGAUGCCGGAGUACGAGGAACAGCUCAA